GGAAAAAGUUCGCCGGAUCCACCGUGGCCGGAUCCAACGGCCGGACGGAAGUAGCCGAGAGCGAGAGCGGCGAGAGCUUCGACUUCAUUUGCUUCAUUCCCCUAAUAUUACUGUAGGCUUAACGGAACGACGUUGGUCGUGGUUUUGUGCUGCUGUUUUGGGCCGUCUUCGUCAGUAUGGUGUGUGCGUUAGUGCGUUAGACGGCUAAUGAACGAGAACGAUGAGAAAAUGACCCCCCCUACAAAAGGAGCAUUCGUCUUGUUCAGGGUUGGGCGCUGAUAAAUUGUAAUGGAUGUUUGAGAUGCGAACGCAGCAAGCCCCGCGUUUUCCUUGAUGAGUGGGAUGGAUUUGAUGAAACGACUGGCCAGCCCAAUGGAUUUUGACGCAACCCGCGCCGACGUUCUGCUGAGCUGCGGCGCAUCUCGUCAGCCGUCCCGCAAAGCGGAUUGCCUCGGGCACUACGGGGCUGGUUCCCGGGAUCCGCUGUGUUCCAGCCAGGCGGGCGAAGCCAGCGCGAUUCCGACGUGGCUUUCCAACGGCCUUCUGGGCACCACCACGUCCGAUGUGCCGUCGACCGGCGCCCUGCCCCCCGUUUCCGAACUGCGGCCAGGGAUUCGGUCGGGAAGCGGCCUCCAGCUGUGGGCGCUUUCCGCCCAGACGGCCUACCAGCAGACGUCUUCUCCGAAGGACGACAUGGGUGGCUUUGCGAGGCAAGAAGCGAUGCCUUACCAAGUGGACGGUGCCGCUUCGAGAGCCCCGUGCGCCCACGAAACCUAUCCUACCGAAAACAUGUUUGCCUACAGCGAGAUCUCGAGGUCUGAUCUAGCCACUGUCGAAGCCCUAAGUUCACUCAGGACCUCCGUUGAGCAGAUUGAUGCAACGGAUGGAGUUUUGAACGUUGGUGGCAUCUCCACAUCGUACCAGAAUGUUCCAGACCACCCAUACUCAAACAUCCCACUGUUGUCUAUUUCUAAUGCGCAGCUUACCUCGGAAGAACAGACGACACUCAAUCGUAUUGUGGACGACUCUCUGUUUUCUGUCGCACCAAAGCCGAGUCUUCCUCGCACAAUACAACCAUCCACCGUAGUACACAAAAAGGCAGAAAACAAUAGUAGCAUACUACAAACAGCCGCUCACCACAGCAACCUCAUUGCAUUGACCCGACCGGGGGUUGGACUGCCGAGCAUCGAGGCGGCCUGUAAAUCGGAGCCACCCCUCAGAGAGGACCGAAACCCACCGGCCUGCCCUAACGUGGCCCCGGUGCAGUGCUCUGCUGGCCAGGAUGCGAGGCAGGCAGAGAGACGGGCAGCGAGUCUUGUGGAGGAGGUGCGUUGCUUCCGCUGCACCGUCUGCUCAUCCCUGCACGAGACCAAGGCCGAGGCCAUCGAGCAUGUUGCCCAGCUCCACAGCCCAGGGGCCCAAGGGCGGCCGUCCAGCCACGCGGUCAUUGGUCGUGCCGAGAAACGCUUUCUGUGCGGCAAGUGUCGGCGCGGUUUUGUCACAUUGGACGAGUGCUGCCGACACCUCAAACAGGCUCACAAGGCCAAGUCUAAAAAGAUCCGACUGGAGUGGAUAUACACCAACCAGCCGGACCAGAUGCGGGCAGCGACUCCAGCGGAAGAGGUCCUUGCCGAGGUGCCAGCUGUUUUGCAGGGAAGCGGCGCACCCGAAUACGGUCUACAGAAAGAAGCGGUGCGGUCUACAUCCAAAAAGGACUCUGGGAGAAAGUUUGUGGAUGCCCCCAUGUCGUCCUCGCAAAAGGCGUGGAGACGGAAAGUGAACAGGGAGCAAGAAAGCUUCAUCUGCGAGCGCAAGGGCUGCAACGUCCGCUUUCGCGAGCUUGAAAACCUCGAGUACCAUGUGCGGUGUCAUCGAGCAGAUGCAGCAGACUUCGCUUGCCCCGAGUGCUCACUGGUGUGUCUCCGGUGGCGCACCAUGACGGUGCACUUGUGGCGUCAGCACCUCUGCGACAUGGAGCUCCACUGCUGCGACCAGUGUAACUUCCGGACCUACAGUUUGAGCAAGCUGGAGAACUUGCACAAGCGUAUUCAUGGGGACGAGCGACCUUUUCUUUGCGACGUCUGUGGCAAGGGAUUCAAGACAAGCAAGCAGCUACGAAACCACAAGGCGAUCCACGUCCAGGCCAAGCGGUGUGCCGCGGGGGGCAGCAUGCGGGCUGAGAGCUGUGCAGAGUGCGGGCGGUGCUUCUGCAAGCGGCGCCUGCUCCAGCUGCACCGGAACUCGGUGCACCGCAAGCUGCGGCCCUUCCUGUGCUCGUACUGUGGCCACCGGGCGUCGGACCAGAGCUCGCUCAAAAUGCACCUGCGCCAGCACACCGGGGAGAAGCCAUUUGCCUGCCACCUGUGCGAUUACCGGACAGGGGACCACAAUUCGCUGCGGCGCCACAAGAUGCGCCACACGGGUGCCAAGCCCUACAAGUGCCCCCACUGCCCGUACGCCUGCAUCCAGUCGAGCACGUUCAAGGGCCACCUGCACCGGAAGCAUCCCGGAGAGAGCGGCACCGUCCUCUUUGCCUGCGAGCAGUGCCCGUUCCGCACGGUACGCAAGGACAACUACAAGGCCCACCUGGCGGGCCACUCGGAGCAGGCUGCGGCUACCCGGGACGGCCCGGAGCAUGGGGUGUUAGAGCACGCUUCUCGGCUCUCCCUGGGCCAGAUUGUGGAGCUGGCACAGUCUGCCGGAGCCUCCUAGCACCCCUGCCACGUGGGUCCCGCUGCUCGCGAGAUUGGGAGACACUGCCUGGGACCCUCCAUGUCGGAACUCUGUGCAGGGAUUGGCCUCUGCCCAACGAUUGAAUGCCGUAAAAUGGAGACCAUACAAACGACGUGUACUGGCACAAGCUCUGCAACCAAAUGGCCUCAUUACCAUUGUUUGCUUGCAACACCUGUUCACUGGCAGAGAACCGAUUGCCGAGGCUGACCCGUUGUCCAGCACGCGAGGAUACGGGCAUUUGUGGGCAGGUGCCGAACCUCGCGGGAAUCUAUGUCGAAUGGGGAGGCGUGCAUCUCGCACAUAUCUUUUCUAGUUAAAAAGUGCACCCGUUGUGCACUUUUUAACUAGAAAACUAGAAAACUUUCAAACUAGACAGUAACAUUGUCUAGUUUGAAAGUAAUUGGAGUGUUGUUGACCCCCCAAGUAACAUUCCAAGUUUGUGUUCCUGCGGUCCAAAGUACUCCCAAGAAGUGUUUCCUCGAGUGUGCUUGUGUUCACCUCCCGGACAUGUAAACACUUGCAAAGUGACCAGGCUUUUGACAUGUCGCAGUCGGCAUUUUGGGAUGGACACUCGUCUUUGGUGCAGCACACAACAGUAACGCGACUGUUGUGUGCUGCACUGGCUUUGGCAGAAUAGCAGAGCAGGCGGUUCACGGCUGGUGCCAUUGUUCCUCUGGGAUGCAAGCCCUUUUGGCAAUUGAAUGGCGCCAGUGGUACGCUGCAUUCCAUGGACACUGUAGACGCACAUUGUCUCGUGACGAUACUGAUAUGACCCAAACCCGUCGUCGUCUCCACAGUCUCGUUAGUGUGACCUAGGGGAAACUUGGUUGCUUUGUUUAGCCUAUUUGUAACUUGUAUUUGGUUCAUACACUCAUCAUAUGCCACUUAAAGGGAUCAUGAAAUGGCUUUGACUCGCUAAAUACUGCUGAGAAUGAAAUCUUGGUACUUAUAUAGUAUAGAGGUUUUGUUCCCUUUGAUCUUUACUGGAAAUAUUUAAAAAAGGACACUUGAAAUGAGGAAAUGAUUCCUUUGGGAUAAUGUUAUCAGCCGUGACUGAUUCCUGCACCGAAGUUAGACGGGCUUCUGCAAAAAUGCCCUGGGAGCAAGCAGUACAAGGAAGUGUGGAACCACCCUCUCGUCCUUGCUCUUGCAGCAUUUGUAUCGCGUGGCGGCGGAGAGAGGGUAGCGCAGUUGCUCGCCUGCUCGACGUGCCCUCACCACUUGCUUACAUUAAUUACUAUUUAUUGAUAGGCAGUUUUAUAACAGUAGCCCUGGUAAACCCCAAUUUCUUGCCUGGCCCUAAAAACCCCAAAAAAACACAGGUCCUAAAAAAAUUAAAAUAAAAUAAACCCCGAAAAAACAUUUAGGAAUUUGAAGAAAAAUAAACCCCCAAAACAUGGAACCAUAAUUAUAAUUAGUUUACUACUGAUCACAUUCUACUUGUGUUUGCUGCCUAUUACACCGUUAUCUAGAAGGGCAAAUUUCUUUAUUUCAUGUGUUUUUUUCUUGACAUAAAAAAAAAAAAAAAAAAAAAAUCUCUAAAGACACAUGCAUUGUCUUAUGCAGAACACCAGAGAAAGAAGUAAUCUUAACCUCAACUCGCAGUCAAAAUGCACAUUCUGGCACCGGCCCCUAGCGACAGUGUUUGUCGUUACCACACGUCCGGGUUGGUGAUCCUCGAAGUGCAUGCUGUGGGCCAGACAUUGUUUGCCCAUUUUCGUUGCUGCACUGGUUGGUCAAUGAACCCGUAGCAGCAUAGGCCAUAGGCACAUGCGGCGGCGUACCAGGCCUGCACAUUAAGUUCCGCAAUACAAGGUGCAGUCAAUGCCGCGAGAAUAGAUUGGAAUCGUUUUUGUAAGUUUUGAAGGUGUUUGUGCUUUCACUCUUCAACCCUGACAAACUCAAACCUGCAUAUCCGCCAACACAGCAGCUUCCCUUGAGCACAAGUUUGGCGGCGACAUGCUGCUCAUAGCCAAUCCACGAGGAAUUGGAAGUUUGCAACCUCCGUUUGAUCCCAGAGCUGUUGAUAGAACUGUCCGUCCAAGAUGGUCUUUCCAUCGUUCGAAACCAAUCGAGCGGGUUCGACACGCAUGAUGGUGACGCCCCCUAAUAGCCUCAUCCCACACUGAAGGUAGCGCAAUCUAAUGUCACGUGAUCAAAACCAAGCAAGGAUGAGGCUCCCUGCUCCGCUGUGUACAGCGAUUCUGCAGCUGCCCACGUGUGGCACUUUUUCCUUAUUUUUGACGCAAACUCUGUACUGUUAGUUCAUUCCCAGCUGCCAUCGAGUGCACAAAUCUAUUUUUUUCUUUCUGUCAACUAUGGGGAACAUUUUUCGGAAGAAACUCGACGCCGGAAGCAGAGCGAGAGCGAAUGGCUUCAAAGAAGUCUGGUAGCAGAAGCGUCGCAAUGACUGCCACUAAUGUUCAGUCAAUGCUUUGUCACAAAAUUCUUUGUAGAUAUUUGCCUAGUUUUGUCUCGAGUGAUUAUAACAAGUGUGCUCAGUGUAGACUAAUUUGCAUUAUUAAAUGAAACGUUGCUCUCGACUUUUGAAGACUUAAUCGAGGAUUGAAGGGGGUUCCCCCCACACUCGUUGCCGUCUUCUCCACCAGAGACCCAGAGUCGUCUGCAGGGAUCAACCCCGGAAGAUCGUAAAAUGCGCCCACGAGAGUGGCGCACUUGCACAUAAUUGUGCAAUAGCGUUCUUAGUUAUCACACUUUUGUCGGAGAUAAAAUAAACCCUUACAGGCUGACAAAAGAGUUGGCAGUGCUUCGAGUCUCCUCAAUUUCCUGCCUGGAAAUGCGUCGCACAGCCUUUUUUUAUUAAUCUACCUGAAGCACGUUGAAGCACUUGUUACAACAAACGAGUAUGCGCAAUAUCGGUGUGCGUCAAUGCCCCAAAAUAACCGGUACUGCACAGACUUUCAAUCUAAAUGUUUUAUGUUUCAUCGCAGGUCACAACUAUCUGUCGAACUACAAGCGAUCCUAACUCUGCUUGCAAUUGCAUUACUCUUGCAAGACAUGACAUUCUCGCUCACUUAUAAGUUGAAAUACAACACAGACGGUAUAUCUGACGUGGUGGAAUACAAAACGGUCGCUGUCAUACUUCAAGGGCACAAGUCUUGAAUCUGACGCACGCUAUCCGCAAUGGUUUGCCCAGAUGGAGAGGAGGAAUUUCGCUGCCCUCAGUGGUCACUGGUCAUGGCGUAGAAGCAUUAUAGACCAGAGGCAUCGCAACCCAGUGAGCAAAUAUUGCAGAACAGACCAUUUCAUUAUCACAGUGUGCUACAUUCGAGAGUUGUGGCCAGUUUUGUGGAAGGAAUGAGCAUUUUAAAGCAAUCAAAGUUUUAAGAUGGUAUCUGGCACACCCCAGCAGAGGAUUCAUUUGGACCAACGUUCGUUUGACGUGUAACCGGGAUUGGAACCUGCCAAAUGGGGAUCAGUAGGUCGGCGCUUUGCCUCGAAGCCACCGAGGCGGCAUUUGAAAGGUUUUAAAAUGCUCCUUCCCUGCGCGAGUGCUCGCACAAAUAAAGCACGUUGCAUUCGA